AUUGUAUUAAAACCACCAAAGCAAUUAAGAAAGUGCACGUAAAUUAGAAAUUGUACGGUAACUGUGGGCGACAAACAUAAAGAAAUGUAAAACCAGAACCCAGAAGCCUGAACCUGGCGGCUAAUAGGUGAUCCAGUGGGUCGUCUUCCUAGUGCAGCAUAUCGAUUUACAAACCUCCAUUUCUAUAUACACACCACACCCUUCAUUUCUUCCUUCUCAUAUUCCCCACCACCAUCUCUCUUCUCUUUUCUCUGUUCUCUGAUCAUUUUUUUUUUUUCUUUCCCUUUUUUGGGUUUUCAUUAAUAACUUCAAAGUUCAAAAGCUUCCAUUUUCCAUGGCUCUUCUUCGAGCUCUAUGUGCCAGAAAUAUCCUACCCUCUGUGUUUCGGGCCCAAACCCAGUCCCUAGGGAUUGGGAUAGGGAUGGUAGGAGGAUUAUUCACCCAUUAUUCUCGUUCCCUCCACACAUUCUCUCUCCCUGACCUUCCUUACGACUAUAGCGCUCUUGAGCCUUACAUUAGCGGUGAAAUCAUGCAUCUCCAUCACCUGAAGCACCACCAGGGUUAUGUCACCAACUACAAUAAAGCUCUCGAGCAGCUUCACGAUGCCAUUGCCAAGGGUGAUUCUGCUGCUGUUGCUAAGCUGCACAGCGCUAUUAAUUUCAAUGGAGGAGGUCAUAUCAACCACUCCAUUUUCUGGAAGAACCUUGCUUCUGUUCAUGAAGGAGGUGGUGAACCCCCAAAGGGUUCUUUAGGAUGGGCUAUUGACGAACAUUUUGGUUCUUAUGGAGCACUUGUGCAAAAAAUAAACACAGAAGCUGCUGCUCUACAGGGUUCUGGAUGGGUGUGGCUUGGUCUGGACAAAGAAGCGAAUAAACUUGUGGUUGAAACCACAGCAAAUCAGGACCCACUGGUAACUAAAGGACCAACUCUAGUUCCAUUGCUUGGUAUCGAUGUUUGGGAGCAUGCAUAUUACUUACAGUACAAGAAUGCGAGACCAGACUACCUAAAGAACAUAUGGAAAAUCAUCAAUUGGAAAUAUGCCAAUGAAAUAUAUGAGCAAGAAUGUCCUUGAGGAAAAUUGAUCCGGCUUAGCGACUGGGAUUGACAAUAGAAUAAAUGGUAAUCGGGAUUCGGGAAAGUCCAUGGUCCACUAUUUUUAUGUGAGUUGUUUGUAUCAUAAUCAGAUCCAGAGCACAAAAUAGUCUUCAUAGAUAUAUACUUGUAAUGGAGUGGUUCUACCAUUAUUUACUGGCUGAUGUGAGCUUCUUGUUGUGGAUGAAAAUGCACAAGCAGCUUAAUAAUCUUUGUUAAGCAAUUGUCAUU